AUGGAAAAGGGAUGUGGCCAUGAAUUUGCGAUCUGCAUUUUGCUGACGUUGCUUGGUUACAUUCCCGGACUGAUUUACGCCUGUUACAUCAUUGUUAAAUACUAG